GUAUAGUUAUCGCAUUUUAUCAGUAAAUUGCUGACCUUAAAUAACUCUCUCUCUAUUCAACAAACACAUCAUGCACAGAUAUAUUAACAGACAGAUAAGGUACAUUGGCAUCUUGCCACCAAAAUCGCCUAUCUUGUACACUUGCCAGCGCAAGUUUUCCGUGUGGCCUUUUGGCGCGUGCUCAACGGCGACGGCGAAGCAGGCAGUGACGUCACCGGCGCCAUAUUAAAGAUUUGCUGCUGUUUUCUCCGUGUCGCUGUUGCCAUCUUUCUGUUGCCAGCCGAGACCAGAGAGUAGCAAUCAUACCUCCAACAUGGAAAUCGACACACUUCUGGGAGCCUUUAGAGAUUUUGAGAAGAAAGGCGAAAAAGAAACCUGUCCGAUUUUGGACCAGUUUCUGUCUCAUGUUGCAAGAACAGGAGAGACCAUGAUUCAGUGGUCCCAGUUUAAAACCUACUUCCUCUUUAAACUCGAAAAAGUGAUGGAUGACUUUAAAGCUUCAUGUCCAGAGCAACGAGGACCUGCCAAUCCAAACGUUGAGUACAUUCCUUUUGAAGAGAUGAAGCAGAGGAUUCUCAAAAUUGUCAAUGGAUACAACGGGAUCCCUUUCACUAUUCAGCGUCUUUGUGAGCUGCUCACCGAGCCAAAAAGAAACUACACAGGAACAGACAAGUUCCUCAGGGGCGUGGAGAAGAAUGUGAUGGUGGUCAGUUGUGUGUAUCCUACCUCAGAGAAAAAAGGUUGCGUCAACAGAAUGAAUGGAGUUAUGUUUCCUGGCAAUACUUCAGCUUUUACUGACAGAAAUGUGAACGGUCCAGGAACACCCAGGCCAAUGAACAGACCAAAACUCACCCUGUCCAGCAGUGUAGCUACCAACGGCCUUCCCGACAGCACAGAAAACAAAGAACAAGCUUCCGACCAAUCCGAGAAAACGCUCAAUGAGUCUUCGGCAUCAGAAGCAGAAGUUUCACAUGGUGGUCCGGUAAAGAGUAAACACCGUGAGGAUGAGGAUGCUACAAACGCCGAGACGCAUGAAGCAAAGAGGCUUAAAUUCGACGAAGAGGAAGACGAUGAAGAUGAAAUGGCACAGGAUGGAAAGAAGUCGCCCUGCACGUCGGCAGCAGAGAGCUCGCUGGACGUGCCGCAGUCCUCGUCAGACGUCACGGCAGAAGUUAGGGAUAAUAAACGUGACGAAUUCGACUCUGAAGAUCAAGAACCCUCUAGCACACAGUCAGAGUCUCUCGAAAACGGGGUUGACAGAUCCGUGUCUGAAAAUUCACCCAGCCCUUCCAACGACGAGGACACAGGCGGCGAACUGGACCCACCAGAGAGGGAACCGAGCGCAGAUGAAACGGACGAGAAAAACGACCCAGUAAGCAGUAGCAGCAAUAACAGCAGCGAAGAGGGAGUGUCCAGCCCGGAGACACCAUCAGCGUGUCCGAGCAGUUCCACAGAGCUGACGGCAGAGGGCAGUAACACAGCAGACAUCAGUUCAGACAGCUCAGACACUGCAGAAGACAACAUGGAACAAGAAUGAAGCCCCGCGUUGUCGAUUUUUACACUGUACUGUACAAAUCCCUGAAACACUUGUACUAUAAAGUGAGCAGACGGGGCAGGAGCGAUGGUGUCCCAGAGGAACACCCUUUAAAAAACUGGAAGCUCAUCUUUUUAAUGGUUUGGAGGAGUGUUUGCCAUUGAAUGACAUGAAGACGUCCCUGGUGUAAUCUUGUACCAAAUCAUGGACUUCAUCUUUCUAAAUCCGUCAGGAAAUCACAUCACUGUCUUUCCCGCUCUUCUAUAAGAGUGAAAUGUGGCGUUUGUGUGAAUGUGCGCACAAUACGAAUCCGUACGGGAGCAUUUAGUUUGACGGUCCCAGGGUUUCCUUUUGGUUGGUAAACCAGUAUCUAAACAUUCCAGGAGAACACGGCUAUGCUUAGACUGCCUUUUGCAUUCAUCUUGCUAGUGGCACGUAGUGCUAUAUAUAUAUAUAGCGGCAUUACUGUAGAUAGAUUUUCUUUCUAUUUUCGGCAAGUAAUUUCUUUUAUUUUUAAAACCUUUGAUUUUAACCUCCUUCCCAGCAUUUCACAUACAUUUAUUUAAUCUACCAGUGCUGGUAAAUAGAUUCUAAAAUUGACUAAUGUAAUUUUCCAUGCAUUAGAUACUCGAGUGCUGUAAUUUAAUAUAGUGAGCCUGUCUUUACAAACAAGACAUAAUGUGCUUAACCACUAUUGAGCCACUAUAAGCUUUUCAUUUUCCUUUUCAUCAAACAAUGGCAAACAGUUGUAUAAAGG